AUCUCGUGUUUACAGUUACUUGCAACAAACCUAUGGGACUUUGAUGUUGCAUUGUUGACAGAGAUAUAAUUUCAGUUUAUUGUUAAGUUAGAAUCAGUGUGUAAAGGUCGACAUAACUUCCUGAGUUGCUUAGUUGAAAAAAAAAAUUGGAAUAUGGGUGAUGAAUGGAAUUACCCGAAAUUACCUUCUCAUAAAACAAUUCGAAUUUUGUUUCCAGUCAAAUAUCAUAAGGCCACUGCUUUUCGUCUUUCUGACUAUGAACGGUAUGGAACGGUUCGAUCACGACGAUACGAUAUCGUCAAAAACAACUUAGAGUGUCAGGUUGAGUUCGAAGACGAAGGCGUUGUAGAUAAAAUUUUAUCGGAUGGAUACAUUUACAUAAACGAUCAACGAAUCAAAGUCGAACCAAUGACGAACCCAGAUUCAAAACGAAUCAAAAUCGAACCAAUGACGACACCAGAUUCAAAACGAAUCGAAAUCGAACCAAUGACGACACCAGAUUCAAAACGAAUCAAAAUCGAACCAAUGACGACACCAGAUUCAAAUCUCGCUUCCACGAUGAACAACGACCAAUCGAUUAUUGACAACGAACUCAAUCUCACUGGAUUAAAUGAUGACUGUUUACGCUCGAUUUUCCGGGAAGUGGGCAUACGGACACUGUGGUCGCUGGCCAACGUUUGUCUGCGUUUCAAUGACCUUGCUAAAGAGGUUUUCAGAUUGAAAUACAAAGACAGCGAAAUUCAAUCCUUUGACGUCUCAAUGAAUGAUCCGAUUUCAUUGCCGCAGUUCGAAGCGUCUUUGAAAACAUUUGGAUCGUCGAUUCGACAAUUACGUAUCGGAUCGGAAUGCGAAGAACGUCAGCUGACCGAUGUACUGCUGCAAAUUGAUAGGAAUUGCCCGAAUAUUAAAUCGUUAAGUAUGCCUUAUGUGGCCAUUGGUAGUGAUACAAUAUCGUUAGAAUGUCGGUCGGUAUUUUCUCGAUUAGAAAGUCUAUACAUUAAUUUUUCUGGUGAUAACACGAACUACAGUGACAUUUUACAAAAGAAAGUGUUGCCAAAACUGACUUCCUUAACUGUUUCAGUAGAAAAGUAUGAGCACGAGCACCUUGAGUCGUGUUUCGCACCAGAAAAUAAUUGGCAAUUAGAACAGCUGAAUAUUUUAACCGAAGGUGAAAUUGCACUGAACACCACUGGUACAGAGACGCCAAUGCUGUCAUCGUCACAUUUGUUUCCAUUGAUUUGUGAACGAUAUGCCAAUAUCAGUAUAUUGAAUAUAGAAUUUGACCAUGCGGAUGACAAUUUUCAAACGAAUGUGCUACAAUUAGGUCGACUGAAGCGACUACGUAAUUUGCGUUUAGAUUUUAAUGGGAACGACCCUUCUCCACUGUUGGAUGCAAUACUUCAAAAUGGCAUUCAAUUGAAAUUGUUGAACAUUUAUAAUGGUGUUAUUGGGAACGAUGCAAUGGUCCUACUUUCUCGAUUCGAAACUCUCCACAAAUUGGAAAUUGUAUCUUCACACUAUGAUGAAGAUGAUCUAAUUCAAUUGGUAAAAGAAUUACCCACACUAUCUCAACUAAUUAUUUCUCUUGAUUAUAUACCAUCGUCAGCUGCAAAUAUGAUCGAUACGAUAACAUCAAUAAUUUCGAAUGGAAAGAAUUUGUCGCAUUUGAAUGUUAUGGUGAAUAAGUUUUCUGAAAUAACGUCUAUCGGUACCAACGACUACAACGCGAUUCUGAAGAUUGUUGAGCAACGUGUGGUACCUGUGGUGAAUCUCACAGUUAUCAUUACGGGUUUCUAUGGGCCGAAAAAUGUAGCGCAUUACAUUACAAUCGCGUCGAGUCCAGAAUUAUUAAAGCUUCAAAUCAAUUAUGGAGACACAUCGAUGGUGUAAACUGUUUUGCAGAGAAAUGAUAAGCACGGCACUCAUGAGUGGCCUCGCUUAUCAUUUCUCUGCUGUUUUGUU